GAUGCUACAUUCCCACACAGGCACACAAGAGGGGAACAAGAGGGGAACAAGAGGGGAACAAGAGGGGAAGAUGGCAAAUGCAUUUUUUAAUAACUUAGCAUUUUCUCUUGUCUUUGUGCUGCUGCUGCUGGCACAUUUCCCCGGCCAAGCUUUGGGGGAACAAACGAAAACGACAGAGUUUGACGUGAGACCUGGUGGAAUGGUGCACACCUUCACCGAGUACAUUGUCUCGUCCCCUCAAUGGGUCGCUCGUGGGGUUCUGAAGGAAGCCAUUCACUUCCUGUCUUGGGCACUCAAGCUGGCUGCUGCGUUUAUCCCCGAGCAGCUGUUUAUCAAACUGGGAGGAUACGAAUGCUCUUUCUCGUUCGCUGCACAAGGAGGAACUAAUGAGAAAUGGUUAAUGAGUGUAGGCCUCAGCGAUGAAGACAAACUGUUGUCAUGCUCAGUGUGGAGGCCUACGGGGACUUCCUACCUGUUUUUCACGCAGUUCAAAAUGGAGUUGAAAGGAACCAAAAUUGAAUAUGCAAACGCCUCGUCUCAGGCGAGGGCAGGACAAAAAGAGGUGGUCCUGAGUGCGGAGGAGUACACCAUAGGAGAGUCUGCAGUGACCCACACGGAGGGAAAGUUCAAGGCCCAGCUGGCCAAGCUGACGGCCAUCGGGCGCACGCGUCACCAAGAGCUGUGAGCCGGCGAGGUCACGUGACUCGCCGGGAUCUUUUUUUCGAGGACUUUUCCACGGAGCAGAAAAAAAAAAUCUCACUUUUAUUGUCCUCCCAUGUUUUUACGGUAUGAGACUGAGAGAAUCUUACUUAGAAUGAAUAUUUACAGUCCGAGUACUGUAACCCUUUGGGGGGUUUUAAUGGGCAUUGCCUUGACAAAAUGUAUGCAAGGACAUUUAUUUUGGUAAGCAUCAAACAUUAAAAGUAAGAAAUGAAUGAAGUUGCAACA